AUGACACCAACUGAGAUUUUAUUUCUUCUAAUAACACCAAAUUCACCGGAAAUACGUAACAGAAAUGGUGCUAAGUGUGGGAUAUCAAUACUUGCAUCAAUCAAAAUGGAUAAUUACGAAACGAAUGUGGGUGAGAUACCAGAGCAAUUAGAAGAAGCCCGCGAGCUUAAUCAACAACUCUUGGAAAGAUUGAAAUUAAUCGAAGAACAGGCCCAAAUAAUUAAAGACCUGCAAGCUUCAGUAAAACAAUUGAAAGAAUGUCAAACGCAGACUAGUAAUUCUCCGUCGGAAGGAGAUUUUGAACGACCCAAUAUUUCAAAUCAAAAUUAUUUGGCAACUAACGUAAUUCUGGAUGAAAUGGCUACCCUUAAGAAUGACAUAGAUUUACUGAAAAAUCAAACUGCACAAUCACAACCCAGCAAUACACCUAUCAAUGCGCACUACAUUCCGAGUAGAAUCACAGUUAAAGACGCACUCUCGUAUAUACCUUCUUUUGACGGUUACAAUAUAACAGUUACACAAUUUAUGAGAGCUUGCAAUCGUGCAUGCUCUAUGCUCGACCAGUCUACCGUUCCCAUGUUUUUAGCACUUGUUCGUCAGAAAUUUAAAGGACGUGCACGAAUAACCUUAGAAAAUUUGGAAUAUCAAACACCUCUGGAGCUUGAAACUAAUUUACGCAACUUUUUUGAUCCUUAUAAAACUGCAAAUGAAUUGAAAGCAGCGCUUGAGAAUGUUUGCAAGAAAUCGCAAGAGCAUGUUGUAGAUUACAUUAACCACGUUAAAAGCCUCUAUUCUGAUGUAAUUAAAACUGAAACGCUUGAAAGAGAAUAUUUAACAGUAGAAGAUGUCACUAAACUUGAAAAAGAUACUAUUAGAGCCUUUCUGAAUGGUCUUCCACCUUCGCUUCGUAUCCAAUGCUUAUCUAAACCCCAUACGACUCUAGAUGAAACAUUUAAAAAUACAAUCGAAGUGUAUAAAAUCCACGAACGCGACAUGACUCGAUUUCACGAGCCCCAAAAUUUUAUUGGCACAACUCAAACUAACUCACACAGCUCUGGAGUUAAUGCAAACAUUCCACAAGAGGACAACCGCGUUUUCAAUCGACGGGACAACGAAACUUCACAUCGAAACGGGUUCAGCAAAACACCACAAGGGUUUAGUAACUCAAAAGCAAUAUCUCAAAAUAGAUAUCACAAUAAUCAUCCCAGGAAUUUCAGCAACCCAGGUUCAUGGAAUAAUCAUCGCUUUUCUGCAAAUCGAAACAAUUUUAGUUCCUUUAAUAAUACUGGUACUCAAAAUUAUUCAAAAUAUUGGCGGGUUUACGGGGAGCAAUCCGAAUCAAAUCCCGUCACUAUCUCAAAACCCGUGCAACCAAUCGAGCGAAAAUCAAAUCCAACCGAAUUUCCCCUCGACUUCGGGAACAACCACGGGAACUCAAUAAAACGCGAUUGCACACUACGAAAUUCUAAAUUAAAUAUUCAGGACACUUUGAAAAGCGCAAGUAAUAGUAAUAUAAAUAUUUCCGGAGCGGAUCUAGCGAAAAUACCGAUCAAAACCAUAGAAGAAUUAUACGUCGAUCAAAGAGCACGAACAAUUAAUGCCAUCAAAACACAUGAAGGGCUUAGGGCGUUAUGGGAACAAAAACCAUCAUUAAUGCGGUACGGACUCGGAUAUCAUGAAGAAUUGAGACAGAAAUCUCGGGGGUUAAACGUAGAAAAACAAGUACAAGACUCAGUUAAUAAUAAUCAAUUCGAAAAAAAUAAUUCAGAGACGAACGUUAAUAUUAAUAGUAUACCUCACGAACCGAUUAAUGCGAUAGUUUCCCCAGUAGAAUCAGAGAUUAAAAUUUCCACAGAAAAUGCAAAAAUAAAUUCCGAUUGUUCCAUUAACACCACUGCGCGGCGCGCGUCUGAACAGCUAUAUAACGCUAAUGAAUCCGUAGCAACAAAUCCUCCCAAUCGAACACAUACGGAAUCAAAUAACCCUAAAACAUCAUCAAUUGAAACUAGCGAUGUCCAUCAUCUAAAAGAAGCACAAUUAGACACGGAAAAAUCAAUUGAAAAUCUCAGAUUAACCGCGCCCGUAAAACCCAAUGGAUCUAGUGAGAGGACUACUGCAGAAAAACUUCUCGACUCGAAAGGACAGACAGAAUUAAAGCCUUAUUCUCGUAUUGCUCACGUGCAAAUUGGAAAAACAAAGAUCGCGUCCGUUACAUUAUACUCAUCACAAUUAAAAUUACCAACGGUGAUGAUGAUCGAUAGUGGUGCGGAAGUCAAUUUAAUUAAAAUCAGCGCUCUCAAUUUUCACGCCCCAAUGAAUAACAAAGACAUUAUUGAGCUUCACGGUAUUGCUGACAAUUUUAUUAAAACCCUUGGAACCGUUUUAAUUAACAUUGAUAACUAUUCCAUAAAAUUUCAUGUAGUGAGCGACUAUCUUCCUAUAAUUCAGGCCGGAAUUAUUGGCGCAGAAUUUUUCCAUGAGUUCAGAGCCACUCUUUCGUAUGAAUCUAAAACUUUUUCUUUCCAUGAUGUAGUGAUGGAAAUAACUUACGACGACUAUCAAACAAUUCCUAAAAAUUCUUCCUGUGCAUUUACAGUUCAAUUAACCAAAGACUCACCCACGGUUGGCCUUAUCUCGGAUAUUUACAUUGCAGACAAGGUUUCCAUAAUUGGAAGUCCAGAAUUGAAUAUCCAAGGAAACGCAUACGUCAGAGCUAUCAAUCAAAGUGAUCAAGAUUUGACCUUGCCUACGCCUGUGAUUAAGAUGGGCCAGUGUAGUUGGUUAACAUGUAGAGGAGAGACUGAUGCACAGCGCGAACUGAUCCGCGAAAACAAUUUUCAAGAAGAGCCUAAUUCUCAUAUUCAAAAACUCGACUAUCUAAGUCACAAGCCAAAUUGGUUCGCAAGUCCACCUCUCGAUACUAUUCCCAUUAAUGUAGUCUCAAGCGAUAAACUCACUGCUGAACGUGCAAAAUCUAUACAAAACCUCCUCCAUCUCGAUCAUUUGACUGAAACAGAAAAGACUGUAAUUACUGAACUCAUUAGCCAACACCAAGACCUUUUUGUUCUUAAUGGCGAAGCUUUAGGUGCUACAAAUGCAAUUUUUCAUCAAAUUAAUACAAUAGAUGACAUACCUGUAUUCAAACGACAAUAUAGAUUCCCGCCUAUUCACAAAGACGAAAUUAUAAAACAAUGUACAGAAUUAGAGGCAAGAGGUAUAAUUAAACCAUCCGAUUCGCCCUAUAGUUCUCCCAUUUGGAUAGUUCCGAAAAAGGAAGAUUCCUUAGGAAAUAAAAGAUGGAGAAUGGUAAUUGACUACCGAUCUCUCAAUGAAAAAACCAUCGGGGACGCCUACCCUCUCCCAAACAUUAAUGAAAUAUUAGACCAGUUGGGAAAUGCCCAAUAUUUCUCAAGCUUUGACCUUGCUAGUGGAUUCCAUCAAAUCCCUAUUCAUCCUAAUGACACACAUAAAACCGCAUUCUCUACACCCUAUCAGCACUAUGAGUUUACGCGCAUGCCCUUCGGUCUCAAAAACGCACCCCCAACAUUCCAAAGAAUGAUGGAUAAAGUCCUAAUUGGAUUACAGGGUAAAGAAUUAUUCGUCUACAUGGAUGAUAUAGUGAUCUAUUCUCAGACUCUUGAAGAGCAUGUUCGAAAGUUUCAAAAUUUACGUGAGCGCUUACGAAAGGCUGGUUUGCAACUCGAACCGGAUAAAUGUCACUUUUUAAAGAAAGAGAUCAAUUAUCUGGGACACAUUAUAUCAUCUGAUGGAGUACGUCCGGAACCAAAAAAAUUAACAGCUGUCCAAAAUUUUCCAAGACCAACCAAUCAGAAAAAUAUCAGACAAUUUCUUGGCCUAACCGGGUAUUACCGUCGAUUCAUCCCAAAUUAUGCAAAAAUCACCAAACCUCUAACCUCUCUCCUAAUGAAAGACAAGAAAUUUCAAUGGGGCGACGAGGAAAACGAAGCCUUUAGUAAUUUACGGAACGCGCUGUGCAAAUCUCCCAUACUGCAAUAUCCAGAUUUCACCAAGGAGUUUGUAAUCACGACAGAUGCUUGCAGAUACGGCAUCGCCGGAAUUCUCAGUCAAGGAGAGAUUGGUAAAGAUCUUCCAAUUGCCUAUAUCUCAAGAGUAUUAGGAAAAUCAGAAAGAAAUUACUCAACUAUAGAAAAGGAAAUGCUUGCUAUCAUUUAUGCGGUAAACUACUUUCGACCUUAUGUCUACGGUCGGAAAUUUACAUUAGUUACAGACCACAGGCCUUUGACUUGGAUUAAUUCGGUGUCGUCGCCAAAUUCUAGAAUUGUUAGGUGGAGACUAAGUAUGCAGGAUUUUGAUUACCGAAUAGUAUAUAAACCAGGGUCAGUGAACGCAAAUGCUGAUGCUUUAUCUAGAAAUAUUCCAUUUAAUAACGAAACAGAAUGCGACAACGAUGAUACUUUGUUAGAUAUAAAAAGAAUUUUCACGAUUGAUUCUGACACCUCUUCUAGUGAUUCAAUAUUUACGGUCCCAGCAAAACGAAAAAAGAAAGAGGUAACAAAAGCAUUGACGAAAAGAUCUCGGGUGGGAAGCGAUGAUAUUGAUAUAGUAGUAGAUAACAGCACGAAAUUAGAGGACAGUGAGAAUGUAGGUAGAAAUAAAAGAAGUAAUAUAGCUGACGAAGAUAUCACGCAACAGACAGGCUCAAGUAGCGCGACGGAAAUCUUAGCCGAACAUCCGGCAUCUGAACCCCUGAUAUCACCUGAAGGAAAUGACUCAGAUAACGAACAUAAUCACAGUGAGCUAUCCAGUAACGGUGGAUUAGCGGAGAGCGAACGCAGCUCUGAGUCAUAUCCUGCAAGCGUUGCAAAUAAUCAAGACAUCGACCCAUCCCACUAUUUACCCCCAGCCGCUUGUGAUGAAUUAGAUGAAACAUUUUUUGAUGACGGGUCUCUAGGGUUAGCAGACUUCACUGAAAUUAUGUCCGACAUGUUCAUAUCUCCAGAGGAUGCACAAGAUAACAACUCGACUGAUAUACUCAGAACAGAAUCUAUUAGCAAUCAUGAGAAUGAGGCAGUUGAGGUCGAUGUACCUGACUCAGAUAAUUCAAGCGAUUCGAGCGAAGAAAUAUUCCCAACAGCUCGCGUUCCACUCGAGAAUCAACGACAAAGGGAAAAUAAAGAAAGACUACCACCAAAUUCGCGAAUAAUUUCGGAUCAGGUAAUUGAAUGUCGUGACAAUUUAGCCAUGCGACAAGACAAUUAUCUUAUCUUUACUUCUAUUAGGGGUGAAGCUUGCGAUAAUGGAGCUCUGGAAAUACUGCAUACAAUCGAUUGUCCGAUCAAUGAUCUCACUUUACUCCGUGUAAAAGUUAUACCUUAUAAGAAAAAACUUACACUCAUCCUACCCCUGCGUAAUAAUAGGAACAACAUAGUGGUCGAAGAAGACAUUCGCGAAGGGUUACAAUCUGUUCACAACGCAAUAAUCGAUCUCAAUAUCAAAUCAAUUAGCAUAGCUAAGACUGAUCAAUUCGACGACGUACCAUGGAAUAUAAUAGAACAAAUCCUAGUAGAUACAUUUGCACUAAUUGAUGUAAAAAUAACAAUUUGCACGCAAGAAGUCAUAAUCCCCAAUGAGCAUGACCGAUCCGAAAUCCUACUCGAGUAUCACGCUAGCGCGACGAACGGUCAUAAAGGUACGACGAAAACUUUUAAUCGUCUUAGGCAGAACUUUUUCUGGCCAAGUAUGAGACAAGACGUUAUCGAACUCAUUCGUAAUUGCAGGGCAUGUCAGCUAAAGAAAUUAGUUAGGGUUAAAACGAAACAACCUAUGGUUAUUACCGACACACCUAAAGCAGCCUUCGACAAAAUCGCCAUGGAUAUGGUGGGACCUUUAUCGAAAACUAAAAAUGAUAAUAUAUAUAUUCUCACCAUUCAAGAUUUGUUAACUAAAUAUUCUCUAGCUAUACCUUUAAAGAACGGAGAUUCUAGAGAAAUAGCAAUUGCUCUUGUUAAAAAUUUUAUCUGCUAUUUCGGAGCACCAAAAAUCAUACUCACUGAUCAAGGCUCAAAUUUUAUAUCUUGUCUCAUGAAAACAAUUGCCAAGAAAUUUCGAAUUAAACAAUAUCAUACUACUGCAUAUAGACCUCAAAGCAAUGGAUCCAUCGAAAGAUCCCACCAUGUCCUCAUACAAUACCUAAAACAGUACGCAGACACCCAUACAGAUUGGGACGAACUAUGUGAAUUAGCUUCUUUUGCAUAUAACACUAGUGUCCACGAGGGAACGGGAUACACUCCUCAUCAAUUAGUAUUCGGGAAAUUAGCUAGAUUACCAUCCAGUCAAGCCGCUAAUGAGCCAAUCGAGCCUACAUACGGAGACUAUUUGCGCCAACUAUUUACGCGAAUCAGUAAAUUUCAAGAAACAGCAGGACAAAAUCUUCAUCAAGCAAAACUUAAAUCUAAAGAAUAUUACGAUGCGAAAAUAAAUCCACAACAGCUUAGUGUGGGAAAUAAAGUAUUUUUGCUUAAAGAACCCAAUAAGGGAAAAAUGACUGACCAGUAUGAAGGUCCUUAUAAUAUUAUUGAAAUACUAGAAAAUUGUAACGUCAUAAUAAAUAGAAAUGGAGCCAAGAAAAAGGUUCAUAUUAAUAAGCUACGGUUAUCUAAAAUGCAAGUUUCUCUCAUAAUCACAUAAAUGAUAACACAAUAGACAUUAAGAAUAAAAAUCUUCAAAAGUUAGAACUGUUAUUUCAGUUAGAACAACUAAUUAAUAAUGAAUAAAAACCAAAAAAAAAAUCUAUAAAUAAUACAUAAUUAAAUACUACAUACACUAAAUAAAAAUAAUAAAAAUUACAAUAUUCAUAUACAUAUGCAUAUGUAUAUACAUGUAUGUAUAUGCAUAACAUUAGCAUCAUACUCAUGAUGAAGUAACAAUACUGUGGGCUGGCAUGAGUUCGAGUAUUGAUUGUCACCUUUGCGAUAACCUGAAAACAAGUGAAGAAAUAAGUAGAAUAUAUAAUAACAUACUGUAACGAUAGGCCACUGACGAGUAGUAUGUAAAAUUAUGAAUUGAAGUGUAAGAUUUAGAAUAAGCCUGAAAUUCUUCAGCAUGAAUGAGGUGACCCAUGCAACGCCCUACAGCUGCGGCUUAAGGUUCCGAAUAUUGGCACCUAACUCUUCAGGAUAUCAGGGAUCGAACUUGAUGUUCUGCGGACCUUCGGCCUGAAAAGAAAAGAAGAAAAGAAAACAACAACGACGAACAAAACACAACCCUCUUUUGCUUUCCUUACCUGCUCUCCUAUAUCCAUCUUCCGACCUCUUGAUACUCGAAAAUCAAUUCGAACUAUCGCUGGAAAGAUGCUCACGUCAUGUUCUCACUCAGAAAAUACCGCGUACACCUGGCAAAGGACGAAGAAAAUGAAAACAAAAUAUUUAAAAGAGAGGUCACAAUCUUGCUGAUCAACACUAAACAACAGAUAUUCAAAAUACCUUACAUGCGUAAACCAAGCAUUCUACACGAUCGUGACGACGAUGGGAAGUUCCACAGGAUAAUGGAGACUACAACGGAGCGAGCAUGCAGUAGAAGUACUCUCUAUAGUGCAAAGCAGCAUAACCAUCAUCAUACUGGAAACGGGAACCCAAGAUAUCCAAGUCAAGUAAUAAUUCAAAAUCAAUGAAAACGAAUACCAGAAUUCAACCUCCGCUACCAACAAGAAGUACGAAUGCAAGAUAUGAGUGGAGAACGAGAACAAAUCGCAGAAAAUUGAAUACCAAAAUUGAACAGCAUAUAGACAGACCUGUCACAGCACCAUUGGAUGAACGAAAACUUCCUUACCAUAUGAACGUCCCCAUACCUUUCUAAUAGUCCUAGCCAAAGAAAACAACAAAUGUACGUACUAUGACCAGACUUCGGCAGUUGAUCCGCAGGCAUUAGUCGACCCAUGAUACCAAAACGGACAACAGAACAGCAAGGAGCUAAGGAUACCGAAGAAUACGAGCGGAACAGGAUCAGAAGAUUAUUAUUUUACUACACUGUAUCUCUUAUUAUGUUAUAUCAUGUUCAAUUACAUUAAAGUCCAAUACUUAAGAUCUAUGGGUACCUCGCAAACGUGACAAUACGUAAUUUAACUAUACGAAAGUGACUUGGACCACUUAAACACUACGCUUAAGCCUAUAAUAAUUUAAAAAUCAAAUAAUCAAACAUAUAUUGGGCAAAAAUAUUUCAUGAAAUUUAAAUGUUCUAUAUCUAUCUAUAUAUGUUCACUGCAAGCAAUACCUGGGUUUACUCAAUUGGGAAGUAACCACUUAUAAGCACCUCCCUUUUUCUCAAUAAUACCUACACGAAUAUAUAUCUAAAUUAAACCUACGAUUACAGAAUACAUAAAAUGGAUCCGUCAAUCCGAUACAGGACGUUACGAGCGUCCUUAAUACUGAAUUAUCCUGUUAGUCUGAGGAAUAAAAUAUAUAAUAAACUUACUACGUAUGCCACAAAAAUCGCAGACUGCAGAAAAGCAAGGGAAAAACCGGCAACGCUUAACAAUUUAACAGAGAAUCUCGAAGAAAUAAUUAAACCACUACACAUCGCUGUCAUACAAGGAGUAUUAUUUGGCAACAUGCACUUUAUAAAAUUGGACACGAAUCCUCAAAUCAUAAAAUUUUACAUGAAUGACGAAUAUGAUUGGCGCAAGGAAGCCAAACUGUGUCGACAAAUAAUUAAAACAUUUAAAAGACUACUGAAAUGAAAAACAAAAAAAAAACUAGGAACAUUAAAUACGUGAAGUGGGAUUGCAAAACUCAGUGCAACAAAUAAUUAGAGAUUAAAUAGUGAAAUACAUGAAUCGAAUAGUUAAACUCAAUCAAAUACUGUCAAACAUGCAACGCUUAGAUAAAAAUAAAAUUAUGAAAUGUUUAAUUGAAUUUCAGUGGGUUAGGAGCUUAUACUUUCGAGGUAAUGUACCGGAGAAUCCCCUGAUAGAGUUCAUAACGAUAAAAUAUGUAAAAAUCACAAAACUAUGGAAUAAGGACCGUGAUUGGUUGAUUUUUCACAAAAAAAAAAAAAGACGACAAUAAUAUCAAUGAAUAAACUAUAAUAGACUUUUACAGUUGCUUUUGUCGCUAAAACAGACAAAAGCAACUGCACUCACCAUUGUCAUGUUACGUAUUCACAUACGUUUUCUAUGAAUGAUAUCCCCUUGAAGAAAUUGCAAAGUAUAAACGAUGAAAUCAAUCAAAUAUAAAUACUAAAUACCGCUAUAAAUUACUGAUCAUAUAUUUCAACCAGAGGUCAUGUAACGAAACAUUCUUAGAUGAAUGACCAAAAAGAUUCUAUAUAUAAAUAAAAAUAAAGAAAUGAAAAGAUAGAAACAUUGACGGAGGACGGAACAGUAUUUCUCCCUCUGACGUCGCAAGCCGAUGACCUUUAAUACAAUCAUUGCACAGAAUAAAUAAAUAAUUACUUAAAAUAAAAAUAAUUCGGGACCAUACAGGAGCCCACAUAUCAAUGAUUAAAAGAAACUCAGCUUUGGGACGUUAGAACAGGGUUAAACCGCGAGGACGAGUAACGCACCCUCUCAAAAAUGACGAAAUCUUGGAAAUUUCCACGUAUAUAUUGAUACGAGUCAAUCUAAGAAUGAUGUGACUCCGAUUGAAAUAAAUGAAAAGACAAACGAAGAAUGAAAUACAAAAGAGAAAUCAUAAUUCUGAAAAAUAGAAGCAAUUGCAAAGUAUAAAUACCGCUAUAAAUAACUGAUCAUAUAUAUCAACCAGAGGUCAUGUAACAAAACAUUCUUAGAUGAAUGACCAAAAGGAUUCUAUAUAUAAAUAAAAAUAAAGAAAUGAAAAGAUAGAAACAUUGACGGAGGACGGAACAGUAUUUCUCCCUCUGACGUCGCAAGCCGAUGACCUUUAAUACAAUCAUUGCACAGAAUAAAUAAAUAAUUACUUAAAAUAAAAAUAAUUCGGGACCAUACAGGAGCCCACAUAUCAAUGAUUAAAAGAAACUCAGCUUUGGGACGUUAGAACAGGGUUAAACCGCGAGGACGAGUAACGCACCCUCUCAAAAAUGACGAAAUCUUGGAAAUUUCCACGUAUAUAUUGAUACGAGUCAAUCUAAGAAUGAUAUGACUCCGAUUGAAAUAAAUGAAAAGACAAACGAAUAAUUUAAAUACAAAAGAGAAAUCAUAAUUCUGAAAAAUAGAUAAAUUCGACUAUUGCAUCAAAAAGGAUGCAUGAAAAAUCAAGAAAUAACGUAAACUAAAUAUUCCAUAAGACAAUAGCUAUGAAAAGUUAUGAAAAAAAUAGAAUUUGUUAAUAAACAAUUAACAAAUAUUUAUAACAACAAAAUGAAAAUCAGUGGAAAAGAAAGAACGAUCACCGGGAUAAGCACCCACCAAAAAUCUUUUCUUAAUCUUCAUAAACAGUUGAGAUAUUUAUUUUUAUACUUUUACACACACACACACAUACAAGCCCAUGUAUCCGUGUGUCCACAAAAACUUUGGAAAAUUCUAGCGUCCGCAUUAUUGACGAUAGAGAAAUGGUUUCCAGACAAAAGGGACUCCAUAUAUUGAAAACUAUUUAUUCCAUUCAUAAAAAUGAUAAAAAUUAUUAACAAAUAUAAUUGUUGUAAACAAAACGUACAUGAAAAAUCCUGUAAACAAUUCAGAAAAAUCGUAAAAGGAAGUUCAGUAGAUCCUUGAUAUGUAACAAAAAAAUCUUUUCUUAAUCUUCAUAAACAGUGAAGAUAUUGAUUUUUAAAUAAUUCACACGAUACACACACACUCAAAUCCUUGUAUCGGUGUAUGCAAAUAAAGUUCGAGAAUUGUUAGCGCUUUCCCUAUGGGACAUAUGCAAAAACAUCCCAUAUAGAAACUAUGGCAUAAAUUGUGAACUACAAAAAUAUGUAAUAAAAAAUUGUAAAAGUCAAUAGACAAAACUGAAUGUCUAUUGACAUGUCAUUAGGAAUUACCCCUAAAAAAUCUAAAAUUGGCGAAAUUAGCGCAUUUAAAUAACAAGAACAAGAAUAUGAAAGAAAAUUAAACAAAACUCAACAAUUUAAACAUGUCAAUUUUGAUAAAUUAGCGAUCUUAAUUGUAAAUGUUAAUAACCACGAAAUUAAUGAACGAAUUUCUACCGAAAAAUCCAUAAAAAUAGUCCACUGAAUCCUCUAACGACUGAGCCAUUGAUUAGAUUUUUCACGUUAUAAACAACGCCAUUAAAAGUUAAUAAACAUUUUUCAAGGUCAAGUCAAUAUCUCCGAAAGUUGUAUAGUUAAGAAAAUGAAAAUUUAUGGAAAAAUACUAUAAAACGUGGACAUUUGAAUGGAUGAAUAAUGGUUCCUGAUUACUGAAAAAUACUAUUGUUAUUAACAAUUGAAAUGUUAUAAAAAAUUGUCAAAAAAGUUAUAAUACUAGAAUCGUAUUUCUAGACCAAAAAUAGGGUCAAAAACGAAUUUUGUCAAAUUUGUCAAGAGACAAUGUCAAUAGACAAAAAUUGCUUAUAGUAGUACCAUGAGGAUGCCAAAAGGAUCCAUUUAAGCUAUAGUGAAAAUCACGUUCAAAAAUUAAUUUUGAAACAGAAAAAUCAUUGUCAAAAUAUCAGAAAUAAUUUUUAAGAAUUAAAAAUGUAAAAAUGAAAAAUGUAAUAAGGCAUAAGAGAAUGUCACAGCAUUAGAUGAGACUACACACAGAACAUAUGAAUACGCAUCACGCGCCAUCCCUACUCUCAGUCAAGUGGAGUUGCACGUUAAACGAAGCAUCCCCACCACCCCUACUACUGGAUAGCGUGCGCCAACGAUCGACGCGGUGAAUAAUCGGUCAGAGUAGUCUCAGUGCCGCAGAGAAACGCCAGUUCAACUUCAACACCAGCCAGCAGCAGUCAUCUCUCCGAAGAGCUCCGGGAACAUUAAAUCGACUAAGUUCCAAAUUAUUUUUGGACUUAGAAAAUAUUUCUGAAGUGAACCAACGAUUAAAAAUACAGUUUUCGUUCGAUAUAUAUUUAUUAAUUUUGUUUCUCUCGGAAAUCCAGAAAAGAAAACGUCAAUAAGUGAAAUCAAAAAAAAACUUUAUUCGAAAAGACUACGGAAAACGUAUCAUCCAUCCAGCCAAGCAGCCGUCCAGACAGCGACCCAAAGGACUAAUUAUAAAAGAAAUAACGAAAAAUCAGGAAUGGACAGACACACGAAUGAGCGCCCUCGUAUGAUUAGGAUAUGGAGACACCCCAAUAAAGAAAUCUUAGAGGCGAGGAAAAGGAAACACCGAAUAUUAAUUAUCGCGAGACAAUUGCAAAAGAAAGUAGAAAAAAUGCAUAAAUUAUUAGAUGUAUUUAAACAAUAUUGCGAAGCGAAAAUCGACGAAAUAGAAAAUACCGAUAGUCACGAAGAAUUGGAGGAGAUUUCGGCGGACGAAAUAGAUACAGAUAAUGAUAGCAGAUAAAGGUAGGAUAUUCUUUCUAUUACUUCAGGCUUAACUUGAGAAAAUGAGAGAAACUUGCAAAAUAAAAAUAAAAAAAUAAUACUAAACUUAACUAUUCAUAAUGGCUACUAACGCUUGAAUUAUAACGGUAAAAGAACGCCGACGGAAUGACACAGAUCCCGUUAAAUAGCCUCACUAAAUAAAUAAUAAAAAUUAUAAUAUUCAUAUACAUAUGCAUAUGUAUAUACAUGUAUGUAUAUGCAUAACAUUAGAAUCAUACUCAUGAAGUAACAAUACUGUGGGCUGGCAUGAGUUCGAGUAUCGAUUGUCACCUUUGCGAUAACCUGAAAACAAGUGAAGAAAUAAGUAGAAUAUAUAAUAAAAUACUGUAACGAUAGGCCACUGACGAGUAGUAUGUAAAAUUAUGAAUUGAAGUGUAAGAUUUAGAAUAAGCCUGAAAUUCCUUCAGCAUGAAUGAGCUGAAACAUGCAACGCCCUACAGUUGCGGCUUAAGGUUCCGAAUAUUGGCACCUAAUUCUUCAGGAUAUCAGGGAUCGAACUUGAUGUUCUGCGGACCUUCGGCCUGAAAAGAAAACAACAACGACGAACAAAACACAAUCCUAUUUUGCUUUCCUUACCUGCUCCCCUAUAUCCAUCUUCCGACCUCUUGAUACUCGAAAAUCAAUUCGAACUAUCGCUGGAAAGAUGCUCACGUCAUGUUCUCACUCAGAAAAUACCGCGUACACCUGGAAAAGGACGAAGAAAAUGAAAACAAAAUAUUUAAAAGAGAGGUCACAAUCUUGCUGACCAACACUAAACAACAGAUAUUCAAAUUACCUUACAUGCGUAAAACAAACAUUCUACACGAUCGUGACGACGAUGGGAAGUUCCACAUGAUAAUGGAGACUACAACGGAGCGAGCAUGCAGUAGAAGUACUCUCUACAGUGCAAAGCAGCAUAACCAUCAUCAUACUGGAAAUGGGAACCCAAGAUAUCCAAGUCAAGCAAUAAUUCAAAAUCAAUGAAAACGAAUACCGGAAUUCAACCUCCGCUACCAACAAGAAGUACGAAUGCAAGAUAUGAGUGGAGAACGUGAACAAAUCGCAGAAAAUUGAAUACCAAAAUGGAACAGCAUAUAGAUAGAUCUGUCACAGCACCAUUGGGUGAACGAAACCUUCCUUACCAUAUGAACGUCCCCAUACCUUUCUAAUAAUCCUAGCCAAAGAAAACAACAAAUGUACGUACUAUGACCAGACUUCGGCAGUUGAUCCGCAGGCAUUAGUCGAUCCAUGAUACCAAAACGGACAACAGAACAGCAAGGAGCUGAGGAUACCGAAGAACACGACCGGAACAGGAUCAGAAGAUUAUUAUUUUACUACACUGUAUCUCUUAUUAUGUUAUAUUAUGUUCAAUUACAUUAAAGUCCAAUAUUUAAGAUCUAUGGGUACCUCGCAAACGUGACAAUACGUAAUUUAACUAUACGAAAGUGACUUGGACCACUUAACACUACGCUUAAGCCUAUAAUAAUUUAAAAAUCAAAUAAUCAAACAUAUAUUGGGCAAAAAAAAAAAAUUUCAUGAAAUUUAAAUGUUCUAUAUCUAUCUAUAUAUGUUCACUGCAAGCAAUACCUGGGUUUACUCAAUUGGGAAGUAACCACUUAUAAGCACCUCCCUUUUUCUCAAUAAUACCUACACGAAUAUAUAUCUAAAUUAAACCUACGAUUACAGAAUACAUAAAAUGGAUCCGUCAAUCCGAUACAGGACGUUACGAGCGUCCUUAAUACUGAAUUAUCCUGUUAGUCUGAGGAAUAAAAUAUAUAAUAAACUUACUACGUAUGCCACAAAAAUCGCAGACUGCAGAAAAGCAAGGGAAAAACCGGCAACGCUUAACAAUUUAACAGAGAAUCUCGAAGAAAUAAUUAAACCACUACACAUCGCUGUCAUACAAGGAGUAUUAUUUGGCAACAUGCACUUUAUAAAAUUGGACACGAAUCCUCAAAUCAUAAAAUUUUACAUGAAUGACGAAUAUGAUUGGCGCAAGGAAGCCAAACUGUGUCGACAAAUAAUUAAAACAUUUAAAAGACUACUGAAAUGAAAAACAAAAAAAAACUAGGAACAUUAAAUACGUGAAGUGGGAUUGCAAAACUCAGUGCAACAAAUAAUUAGAGAUUAAAUAGUGAAAUACAUGAAUCGAAUAGUUGAACUCAAUCAAAUACUGUCAAACAUGCAACGCUUAGAUAAAAAUAAAAUUAUGAAAUGUUUAAUUGAAUUUCAGUGGGUUAGGAGCUUAUACUUUCGAGGUAAUGUACCGGAGAAUCCCCUGAUAGAGUUCAUAACGAUAAAAUAUGUAAAAAUCACAAAACUAUGGAAUAAGGACCGUGAUUGGUUGAUUUUUCACAAAAAAAAAAGACGACAAUAAUAUCAAUGAAUAAACUAUAAUAGACUUUUACAGUUGCUUUUGUCGCUAAAACAGACAAAAGCAACUGCACUCACCAUUGUCAUGUUACGUAUUCACAUACGUUUUCUAUGAAUGAUAUCCCCUUGAAGCAAUUGCAAAAUAUAAAGGAUGAAAUCAAUCAAAUAUAAAUACUAAAUACCGCUAUAAAUUACUGAUCAUAUAUUUCAACCAGAGGUCAUGUAACAAAACAUUCUUAGAUGAAUGACCAAAAGGAUUCUAUAUAUAAAUAAGACUACCGAAAUGAAAAGAUAGAAACAUUGACGGAGGACGGAACAGUAUUUCUCCCUCUGACGUCGCAAGCCGAUGACCUUUAAUACAAUCAUUGCACAGAAUAAAUAAAUGAUUACUUAUAAUGAAAAUAAUUCGGGACCAUACAGGAGCCCACAUACCAAUGAUUAAAAGAAACUCAGCUUUGGGACGUUAGAACAGGGUUAAACCGCGAGGACGAGUAACGCACCCUCUCAAAAAUGACGAAAUCUUGGAAAUUUCCACGUAUAUAUUGAUACGAGUCAAUCUAAGAAUGAUAUGACUCCGAUUGAAAUAAAUGAAAAGAAAAACGAAGAAUGAAAUACAAAAGAGAAAUCAUAAUUCUGAAAAAUAGAAGCAAUUGCAAAGUAUAAAUACCGCUAUAAAUAACUGAUCAUAUAUAUCAACCAGAGGUCAUGUAACAAAACAUUCUUAGAUGAAUGACCAAAAGGAUUCUAUAUAUAAAUAAGAAUAAAGAAAUGAAAAGAUAGAAACAUUGACGGAGGACGGAACAGUAUUUCUCCCUCUGACGUCGCAAGCCGAUGACCUUUAAUACAAUCAUUGCACAGAAUAAAUAAAUAAUUACUUAAAAUAAAAAUAAUUCGGGACCAUACAGGAGCCCACAUAUCAAUGAUUAAAAGAAACUCAGCUUUGGGACGUUAGAACAGGGUUAAACCGCGAGGACGAGUAACGCACCCUCUCAAAAAUGACGAAAUCUUGGAAAUUUCCACGUAUAUAUUGAUACGAGUCAAUCUAAGAAUGAUAUGACUCCGAUUGAAAUAAAUGAAAAGACAAACGAAUAAUUUAAAUACAAAAGAGAAAUCAUAAUUCUGAAAAAUAGAUAAAUUCGACUAUUGCAUCAAAAAGGAUGCAUGAAAAGUCAAGAAAUAACGUAAACUAAAUAUUCCAUAAGACAAUGGCCAUGAAAAGUUAUGAAAAAAUAGAAUUUGUUAAUAAACAAUUAACAAACAUUUAUAACAACAAAAUGCAAAUCAGUGGAAAAGAAAGAACGAUCACCGGGGUAAGCACCCACCAAAAAUCUUUUCUUAAUCUUCAUAAACAGUUGAGAUAUUUAUUUUUGAAGUUUCAUACAGACACAUACAAGCCCAUGUAUCCGUGUGUCCACAAAACUUUGGAAAAUUCUAGCGUACGCAUUAUUGAUGAUAGAGAAAUGGUUUCCAUACAAAAGGGACUCCAUAUUCUGAGAACUAUUUAUUUCACUCAUAAAAAUAAUAAAAUUUAUUAACAAAUAUAAUUGUUGUAAACAAAAUAUACAUGAAAUAUUCUACGAACAAUUCAGAAAAAUCGUAAAAGGAAGUUCUGUAGAUCCUAAAUAUGUAUUUCAAAAAUCUCUUCUUAAUCUUCAUAAAUAGUGAAGAUAUUCAUUUUUAAACUUUUACACACACCCACACAUACAAACCCAUGUAUCGGUGUGUCCACAAAAACUUUGGAAAAUUCUAGCGUCCGCAUUAUUGACGAUAGAGAAAUGGUUUCCAGACAAAAAAGGACUCCAUAUAUUGAAAACUAUUUAUUCCAUUCAUAAAAAUGAUAAAAAUUAUUAACAAAUAUAAUUGUUGUAAACAAAACGUACAUGAAAAAUCCUGUAAACAAUUCAGAAAAAUCGUAAAAGGAAGUUCAGUAGAUCCUUGAUAUGUAACAAAAAAAAUCUUUUCUUAAUCUUCAUAAACAGUGAAGAUAUUGAUUUUUAAAUAAUUCACACUAUACACACACACUCAAAUCCUUGUAUCGGUGUAUGCAAAUAAAGUUCGAGAAUUGAUAGCGCUUUCCCUAUGGGACAUAUGCAAAAACAUCCCAUAUAGAAACUACGGCAUAAAUUGUGAACUACAAAAAUAUGUAAUAAAAAAUUGUAAAAGUCAAUAGACAAAACUGAAUGUCUAUUGACAUGUCAUUAAGAAUUACCCCUAAAAAAUCUAAAAUUGGCGAAAUUAGUGCAUUUAAAUAACAAGAACAAGAAUAUGAAAGAAAAUUAAACAAAACUCAACAAUUUAAACAUGUCAAUUUUGAUAAAUUAGCGAUCUUAAUUGUAAAUGUUAAUAACCACGAAAUUAAUGAACGAAUUGCUACCGAAAAAUCCAUAAAAAUAGUCCACUGAAUCCUCUAACGACUGAGCCAUUGAUUAGAUUUUUCACGUUAUAAACAACGCCAUUAAAAGUUAAUAAACAUUUUUCAAGGUCAAGUCAAUAUCUCCGAAAGUUGUAUAGUUAAGAAAAUGAAAAUUUAUGGAAAAAUGCUAUAAAAUGUGGACAUUUGAAUGGAUGAAUAAUUGUUCCUGAUUACUGAAAAAUACUAUUGUUAUUAACAAUUGAAAUGUUAUAAAAAAUUGUCAAAAAAGUUUUAAUACUAGAAUCGUAUUUCUAGACCAAAAAUAGGGUCAAAAACGAAUUUUGUCAAAUUUGUCAAGAGACAAUGUCAAUAGACAAAAAUUGCUUAUAGUAGUACCAUGAGGAUGCCAAAAGGAUCCAUUUAAGCUAUAGUGAAAAUCACGUUCAAAAAUUAAUUUUAAAACAGAAAAAUCAUUGUCAAAAUAUCAGAAAUAAUUUUUAAGAAUUAAAAAUGUAAAAAUGAAAAAUGUAAUAAGGCAUAAGAGAAUGUCACAGCAUUAGAUGAGACUACACACAGAACAUAUGAAUACGCAUCACGCGCCAUCCCUACUCUCAGUCAAGUGGAGUUGCACGUUAAACGAAGCAUCCCCACCAUCCCUACUACUGGAUAGCGUGCGCCAACGAUCGACGCGGUGAAUAAUCGGUCAGAGUAGUCUCAGUGCCGCAGAGAAACGGCAGUUCAACUUCAACAUCAGCCAGCAGCAGUCAUCUCUCCGAAGAGCUCCGGGAACAUUAAAUCGACUAAGUUCCAAAUUAUUUUUGGACUUAGAAAAUAUUUCGUGAGUUGUGGACUUGGAAAAAUUUCGUGAGUUAUGAACUUAGAAUAAUUUUGCCUUCUGCACUCUUGAACUUAGAAUAAUUUGGCCUUCUGCACUCUUGAACUUAGAAUAAUUUGGCCUUCUGCACCGUUGAAUUUAUGAUAAUUUUGCUGUCUGCACUGUUGAACUCACAAUUAUUUUACCUUUCGCAUUUUUCGACAUAAGAUUCAUUUACAUGAAAUAUUUUUCUAAAGCCACCAUUCACUUUAAUUAUUAAAUUUAAACAUGUCAAGUCUCAAACAAGUAAAGAAUUUGUGGUGAAUAAAAAAGAAGUGAUACCAAGUGUUGUGAAAAAGUGUUAACUUCCCCAUCACACAAAUCAUACCGAGAAAUUUUGCCGAGGCGACCCAAGACGCUCGUUUAAGAACGGUGGCUUGCGAACCCCACGAGAAUUUAUCGGUUGACUUACGUGAAAAAUCACUCUUGAAUAGAAUUAAUUGAUAAAUUUUGCCGAGGCGACCCAAGACGCUCGUUUAAAUAACGGUGCCUUGCGAACCCCACGAGAAUUUAACAAUUGAAUCUUUCAUUGCAUAAUUUUUUAUAGAAUUAAUUGAUAAAUUUUGCCGAGGCGACCCAAGAUGCUCGUUUACGAACGGUCUCUUGCGAACCCCACGAGAAUUUAACAAUUAACUCUUUCAUUCCAAAUCUUCAGUAAAAUUAAUUGAUAAAUUUUGCCGAGGCGACCCAAGAUGCUCGUUUACGAACGGUCUCUUGCGAACCCCACGAGAAUUUAACAAUUAAAUUAUGUAAUCUAAAACAAACCGCACUCUCUUAGUGAAGUGAACCAACGAUUAAAAAUACAGUUUUCGUUCGAUAUAUAUAUAUUUAUUAAUUUUGUUUCUCUCGGAAAUCCAGAAAAGAAAACGUCAAUAAGUGAAAUAACAAAAAAAAAACUUUAUUCAAAAAGACUACGGAAAACGUAUCAUCCAUCCAGCCAAGCAGCCGUCCAGAUAGCGACCCAAAGGACUAAUUAUAAAAGAAAUAACGAAAAAAAGAAAACGUCAAUAAGUGAAAUCAAAAAAAAAAACUUUAUUCAAAAAGACUACAGAAAACGUAUCAUCCAUCCAGCCAAGCAGCCGUCCAGACAGCGACCCAAAGGACUAAUUAUAAAAGAAACAACGAAAAAUCAGGAAUGGACAGACACACGAAUGAGCGCCCUCGUAUGAUUAGGAUAUGGAGACACCCCAAUAAAGAAAUCUUAGAGGCGAGGAAAAGGAAACACCGAAUAUUAAUUAUCGCGAGACAAUUGCAAAAGAAAGUAGAAAAAAUGCAUAAAUUAUUAGAUGUAUUUAAACAAUAUUGCGAAGCGAAAAUCGACGAAAUAGAAAAUACCGAUAGUCACGAAGAAUUGGAGGAGAUUUCGGCGGACGAAAUAGAUACAGAUAAUGAUAGCAGAUAAAGGUAGGAUAUUCUUUCUAUUACUUCAGGCUUAACUUGAGAAAAUGAGAGAAACUUGCAAAAUAAAAAUAAAAAAAUAAUACUAAACUUAACUAUUCAUAAUGGCUACUAACGCUUGAAUUAUAACGGUAAAAGAACGCCGACGGAAUGACACAGAUCCCGUUAAAUAGCCUCACUAAAUAAAUAAUAAAAAUUAUAAUAUUCAUAUACAUAUGCAUAUGUAUAUACAUGUAUGUAUAUGCAUAACAUUAGAAUCAUACUCAUGAAGUAACAAUACUGUGGGCUGGCAUGAGUUCGAGUAUCGAUUGUCACCUUUGCGAUAACCUGAAAACAAGUGAAGAAAUAAGUAGAAUAUAUAAUAAAAUACUGUAACGAUAGGCCACUGACGAGUAGUAUGUAAAAUUAUGAAUUGAAGUGUAAGAUUUAGAAUAAGCCUGAAAUUCCUUCAGCAUGAAUGAGCUGAAACAUGCAACGCCCUACAGUUGGGGCUUAAGGUUCCGAAUAUUGGCACCUAAUUCUUCAGGAUAUCAGGGAUCGAACUUGAUGUUCUGCGGACCUUCGGCCUGAAAAGAAAACAACAACGACGAACAAAACACAAUCCUAUUUUGCUUUCCUUACCUGCUCCCCUAUAUCCAUCUUCCGACCUCUUGAUACUCGAAAAUCAAUUCGAACUAUCGCUGGAAAGAUGCUCACGUCAUGUUCUCACUCAGAAAAUACCGCGUACACCUGGAAAAGGACGAAGAAAAUGAAAACAAAAUAUUUAAAAGAGAGGUCACAAUCUUGCUGACCAACACUAAACAACAGAUAUUCAAAUUACCUUACAUGCGUAAAACAAACAUUCUACACGAUCGUGACGACGAUGGGAAGUUCCACAUGAUAAUGGAGACUACAACGGAGCGAGCAUGCAGUAGAAGUACUCUCUACAGUGCAAAGCAGCAUAACCAUCAUCAUACUGGAAAUGGGAACCCAAGAUAUCCAAGUCAAGCAAUAAUUCAAAAUCAAUGAAAACGAAUACCGGAAUUCAACCUCCGCUACCAACAAGAAGUACGAAUGCAAGAUAUGAGUGGAGAACGUGAACAAAUCGCAGAAAAUUGAAUACCAAAAUGGAACAGCAUAUAGAUAGAUCUGUCACAGCACCAUUGGGUGAACGAAACCUUCCUUACCAUAUGAACGUCCCCAUACCUUUCUAAUAAUCCUAGCCAAAGAAAACAACAAAUGUACGUACUAUGACCAGACUUCGGCAGUUGAUCCGCAGGCAUUAGUCGAUCCAUGAUACCAAAACGGACAACAGAACAGCAAGGAGCUGAGGAUACCGAAGAACACGACCGGAACAGGAUCAGAAGAUUAUUAUUUUACUACACUGUAUCUCUUAUUAUGUUAUAUUAUGUUCAAUUACAUUAAAGUCCAAUAUUUAAGAUCUAUGGGUACCUCGCAAACGUGACAAUACGUAAUUUAACUAUACGAAAGUGACUUGGACCACUUAACACUACGCUUAAGCCUAUAAUAAUUUAAAAAUCAAAUAAUCAAACAUAUAUUGGGCAAAAAAAAAAAAUUUCAUGAAAUUUAAAUGUUCUAUAUCUAUCUAUAUAUGUUCACUGCAAGCAAUACCUGGGUUUACUCAAUUGGGAAGUAACCACUUAUAAGCACCUCCCUUUUUCUCAAUAAUACCUACACGAAUAUAUAUCUAAAUUAAACCUACGAUUACAGAAUACAUAAAAUGGAUCCGUCAAUCCGAUACAGGACGUUACGAGCGUCCUUAAUACUGAAUUAUCCUGUUAGUCUGAGGAAUAAAAUAUAUAAUAAACUUACUACGUAUGCCACAAAAAUCGCAGACUGCAGAAAAGCAAGGGAAAAACCGGCAACGCUUAACAAUUUAACAGAGAAUCUCGAAGAAAUAAUUAAACCACUACACAUCGCUGUCAUACAAGGAGUAUUAUUUGGCAACAUGCACUUUAUAAAAUUGGACACGAAUCCUCAAAUCAUAAAAUUUUACAUGAAUGACGAAUAUGAUUGGCGCAAGGAAGCCAAACUGUGUCGACAAAUAAUUAAAACAUUUAAAAGACUACUGAAAUGAAAAACAAAAAAAAACUAGGAACAUUAAAUACGUGAAGUGGGAUUGCAAAACUCAGUGCAACAAAUAAUUAGAGAUUAAAUAGUGAAAUACAUGAAUCGAAUAGUUGAACUCAAUCAAAUACUGUCAAACAUGCAACGCUUAGAUAAAAAUAAAAUUAUGAAAUGUUUAAUUGAAUUUCAGUGGGUUAGGAGCUUAUACUUUCGAGGUAAUGUACCGGAGAAUCCCCUGAUAGAGUUCAUAACGAUAAAAUAUGUAAAAAUCACAAAACUAUGGAAUAAGGACCGUGAUUGGUUGAUUUUUCACAAAAAAAAAAGACGACAAUAAUAUCAAUGAAUAAACUAUAAUAGACUUUUACAGUUGCUUUUGUCGCUAAAACAGACAAAAGCAACUGCACUCACCAUUGUCAUGUUACGUAUUCACAUACGUUUUCUAUGAAUGAUAUCCCCUUGAAGCAAUUGCAAAAUAUAAAGGAUGAAAUCAAUCAAAUAUAAAUACUAAAUACCGCUAUAAAUUACUGAUCAUAUAUUUCAACCAGAGGUCAUGUAACAAAACAUUCUUAGAUGAAUGACCAAAAGGAUUCUAUAUAUAAAUAAGACUACCGAAAUGAAAAGAUAGAAACAUUGACGGAGGACGGAACAGUAUUUCUCCCUCUGACGUCGCAAGCCGAUGACCUUUAAUACAAUCAUUGCACAGAAUAAAUAAAUGAUUACUUAUAAUGAAAAUAAUUCGGGACCAUACAGGAGCCCACAUACCAAUGAUUAAAAGAAACUCAGCUUUGGGACGUUAGAACAGGGUUAAACCGCGAGGACGAGUAACGCACCCUCUCAAAAAUGACGAAAUCUUGGAAAUUUCCACGUAUAUAUUGAUACGAGUCAAUCUAAGAAUGAUAUGACUCCGAUUGAAAUAAAUGAAAAGAAAAACGAAGAAUGAAAUACAAAAGAGAAAUCAUAAUUCUGAAAAAUAGAAGCAAUUGCAAAGUAUAAAUACCGCUAUAAAUAACUGAUCAUAUAUAUCAACCAGAGGUCAUGUAACAAAACAUUCUUAGAUGAAUGACCAAAAGGAUUCUAUAUAUAAAUAAGAAUAAAGAAAUGAAAAGAUAGAAACAUUGACGGAGGACGGAACAGUAUUUCUCCCUCUGACGUCGCAAGCCGAUGACCUUUAAUACAAUCAUUGCACAGAAUAAAUAAAUAAUUACUUAAAAUAAAAAUAAUUCGGGACCAUACAGGAGCCCACAUAUCAAUGAUUAAAAGAAACUCAGCUUUGGGACGUUAGAACAGGGUUAAACCGCGAGGACGAGUAACGCACCCUCUCAAAAAUGACGAAAUCUUGGAAAUUUCCACGUAUAUAUUGAUACGAGUCAAUCUAAGAAUGAUAUGACUCCGAUUGAAAUAAAUGAAAAGACAAACGAAUAAUUUAAAUACAAAAGAGAAAUCAUAAUUCUGAAAAAUAGAUAAAUUCGACUAUUGCAUCAAAAAGGAUGCAUGAAAAGUCAAGAAAUAACGUAAACUAAAUAUUCCAUAAGACAAUGGCCAUGAAAAGUUAUGAAAAAAUAGAAUUUGUUAAUAAACAAUUAACAAACAUUUAUAACAACAAAAUGCAAAUCAGUGGAAAAGAAAGAACGAUCACCGGGGUAAGCACCCACCAAAAAUCUUUUCUUAAUCUUCAUAAACAGUUGAGAUAUUUAUUUUUGAAGUUUCAUACAGACACAUACAAGCCCAUGUAUCCGUGUGUCCACAAAACUUUGGAAAAUUCUAGCGUACGCAUUAUUGAUGAUAGAGAAAUGGUUUCCAUACAAAAGGGACUCCAUAUUCUGAGAACUAUUUAUUUCACUCAUAAAAAUAAUAAAAUUUAUUAACAAAUAUAAUUGUUGUAAACAAAAUAUACAUGAAAUAUUCUACGAACAAUUCAGAAAAAUCGUAAAAGGAAGUUCUGUAGAUCCUAAAUAUGUAUUUCAAAAAUCUCUUCUUAAUCUUCAUAAAUAGUGAAGAUAUUCAUUUUUAAACUUUUACACACACCCACACAUACAAACCCAUGUAUCGGUGUGUCCACAAAAACUUUGGAAAAUUCUAGCGUCCGCAUUAUUGACGAUAGAGAAAUGGUUUCCAGACAAAAAAGGACUCCAUAUAUUGAAAACUAUUUAUUCCAUUCAUAAAAAUGAUAAAAAUUAUUAACAAAUAUAAUUGUUGUAAACAAAACGUACAUGAAAAAUCCUGUAAACAAUUCAGAAAAAUCGUAAAAGGAAGUUCAGUAGAUCCUUGAUAUGUAACAAAAAAAUCUUUUCUUAAUCUUCAUAAACAGUGAAGAUAUUGAUUUUUAAAUAAUUCACACUAUACACACACACUCAAAUCCUUGUAUCGGUGUAUGCAAAUAAAGUUCGAGAAUUGAUAGCGCUUUCCCUAUGGGACAUAUGCAAAAACAUCCCAUAUAGAAACUAUGGCAUAAAUUGUGAACUACAAAAAUAUGUAAUAGAAAAUUGUAAAAGUCAAUAGACAAAACUGAAUGUCUAUUGACAUGUCAUUAGGAAUUACCCCUAAAAAAAUCUAAAAUUGGCGAAAUUAGCGCAUUUAAAUAACAAGAACAAGAAUAUGAAAGAAAAUUAAACAAAACUCAACAAUUUAAACAUGUCAAUUUUGAUAAAUUAGCGAUCUUAAUUGUAAAUGUUAAUAACCACGAAAUUAAUGAACGAAUUUCUACCGAAAAAUCCAUAAAAAUAGUCCACUGAAUCCUCUAACGACUGAGCCAUUGAUUAGAUUUUUCACGUUAUAAACAACGCCAUUAGAAGUUAAUAAACAUUUUUCAAGGUCAAGUCAAUAUCUCCGAAAGUUGUAUAGUUAAGAAAAGGAAAAUUUAUGGAAAAAUGCUAUAAAAUGUGGACAUUUGAAUGGAUGAAUAAUUGUUCCUGAUUACUGAAAAAUACUAUUGUUAUAUACAAUUGAAAUGAUAUAAAAAAUUGUCAAAAAAGUUUUAAUACUAGGAUCGUAUUUCUAGACCAAAAAUAGGGUCAAAAACGAAUUUUGUCAAAUUUGUCAAGAGACAAUGUCAAUAGACAAAAAUUGCUUAUAGUAGUACCAUGAGGAUGCCAAAAGGAUCCAUUUAAGCUAUAGUGAAAAUCACGUUCAAAAAUUAAUUUUAAAACAGAAAAAUCAUUGUCAAAAUAUCAGAAAUAAUUUUUAAGAAUUAAAAAUGUAAAAAUGAAAAAUGUAAUAAGGCAUAAGAGAAUGUCACAGCAUUAGAUGAGACUACACACAGAACAUAUGAAUACGCAUCACGCGCCAUCCCUACUCUCAGUCAAGUGGAGUUGCACGUUAAACGAAGCAUCCCCACCAUCCCUACUACUGGAUAGCGUGCGCCAACGAUCGACGCGGUGAAUAAUCGGUCAGAGUAGUCUCAGUGCCGCAGAAAAACGGCAGUUCAACUUCAACAUCAGCCAGCAGCAGUCAUCUCUCCGAAGAGCUCCGGGAACAUUAAAUCGACUAAGUUCCAAAUUAUUUUUGGACUUAGAAAAUAUUUCGUGAGUUGUGGACUUGGAAAAAUUUC